GCUUUAUCUACAGCUCGGCCGUUAGUUUCUGUAUACAGUGAAAAAAAUGAAGAAACUGGAGAAACCGUUGCCCUUGCUACUGUGUUCAAGGCACCCAUCAGACCAGAUGUUGUUAGUUUUGUACACGACAAUGUCUCCAAGAACAGCAGACAACCUUAUGCUGUCAGCAAACUAGCUGGUCAUCAAACUAGUGCUGAAUCAUGGGGUACUGGUCGUGCUGUUGCUCGUAUUCCUCGUGUCCGGGGUGGUGGUACUCACCGCAGUGGUCAAGGAGCUUUCGGUAACAUGUGUCGCGGUGGACGAAUGUUCGCCCCUACACGUGUAUGGCGCCGUUGGCAUAGAAAAAUCAACGUAACACAAAAGCGAUAUGCUACAGUAUCAGCUAUUGCCGCUUCUGGUGUACCUGCUCUUGUCAUGUCAAAAGGUAAUUAUAAUAUAAAUCAUAAUUUUAAUGUUAAUAUGCACACAAAAUGUCCACAUAUGAACCUUGUACUAUCAGUUUUCUAUGUUUUUUUUUUUAAUGUGUGCUAAAUUAAAUAAUUUCAUCAGCGUACUCUGGUAAAAAUAAAUUGUUUCUGGAGUUCCAAUGAAUUAAGACAAAUUUAGUACAUAAAAAGUUUAUACUAGAAGUGAAACAACAAUAAUAGUGUGUAUUUAAAACAUUCAACUAAAAAUGAUGACAUCGCUUAGAGCACUGGGUUAUGAUAUCCUGUGAUUACUUAACACGUUGACAAAGUCUGAUUACCAAUAU